GGCUUCUGCUCAAGGUUACAGAAGUUGGCCUCUUUUCUGGCCCCCAUUUGGAACCAACUCCACUGCCAUCCAGGUGCUUAAUAAGCAUACACUUGUGUCCUAUUGACUUCUGGGGGACAAACCAGAAACCCCGAGGGACUGGGAGUCUUCGUUCUUCUGUGUCCCUUACCGAUUCUCCCAAACCAGGAUCCCCGGGAGAGCCCAGCAGGGUUCUUGGCACAUAGUAGGCACUCAGAUUUUGAUUGGACUGCUGUAGGGACCCCAAGGGAAACCCUACGGAGCAAAACAGCAAAACAGGAUGACCAAAGAUAACACACUCCUGGCCCCUCUCCUGGACUUCCCUCCCUCUGAAAAAUGCCCAGAAGCUUCUCAGGGAGGCAUUGCCAGCUUAGACAUCCCAGGCACUCUGGGGCAGCUCUGGCCCCUGCCUCUUGUCAUCAUCAGCAUAAUGCAUCCAUAUCUACAAUAUGGCAAAUUUCAUAUCCUCCCACCCUCUUUGCUGCAUUAUUGAUGGGCUGUGCACUUUUAAAAAAAAUCAAUUGGAUCAGGGUGUGGAGCUGGAGUCAAAAGAGAAAAGCCUUUAAAAGUCCGUUCUUCUUGUUUCUGCUGUUUUGAAUAGGAGCAGAUAAAGCUUCCCCUCUGGUUUGAAUAAGUCAAGCCCAGGGCUAGGUUGGCUGUGAUUGGCCGGGACUGGGAAAAUGAGGUUAAGACGCAAACACAAGCAAAUAUAACGCAGUGUCUGCGGCCAUUACUAAGCUAAGGCAGCAGGACCUGGCGCCUCCCUCCUUGGGGUGGUUUUCUGACACGGCUGCUCCUUGCCCCGGGACUCGGAAGACGCGGCGGGAGAGAAGGCACGGUAAGGUCUGCUCGGUGGAUGGGUGCACGCCAGUAGAGCAAUCCUGCUGAACAAGGAGGAAGUGAGGGGAAGAGGACACUGAAGUUUCUGUGCCUUUGUUUUCUUGGAUGGGGCUUUUAAAGGAUUAAACCAGGAGUUUGUACCAGUUUUGCAAACUUCUUGCUGAGCAGUUAAGGCCCUUUUUAGAAAGCACUGAACGGAAAGCAAAGGUCUCAAGCGCUGGGAAAUAAGGAGACUGCCCCAUUCACCUAGCUCAGAAAGGUGGUGUGGGGCAAGGCAGAAGUUAGAACUGGCUUCCUCCACCUGGGGUCCAUUCACAGAGCUCUGUAAGAAUUGAGGGCCGCUGGCUUUUAGCCUGGGAUUUCAAAACCCCGCCCCACCCCAAGGGUUUCUGCAAUGCCGAAUUAAUAAAUAAGGACUUGGGGAAGAGGGAGGAAGAAACUCAGCUUCGGGGGACUUCGAUGUCACGAAUGCAAUCACAUUUUCCGGCUGUUCCAGUGUGGCAGGAAGUGCCUUCUUUGAGCAUGUCCUCUCCUUGGUUGGGGAGCCUUGGCCCAGUGAGCUCCUUCCCUUUUGAUCCUUAAGUCCCUGCUGGGAAAUGGGACUGCUUUUGGCCUCUGAGAGUCACAGCCCUCAUUAAUGCCAGCUGGUUUGGUUUUUCCCAGGUUGAAACCUCUCGGUUUUCAAGAAAUGAAUUCGUUGGCCCUUGUCCCCUUCCCCUAGUUGGGUCACGGCAGUUGCCUUUAAUGAAUGAAAUCGAGGGUCUGAGAAAAUCCUGAACAAAUACUUCCUGGCAGUUCUGAGCAGCACCGGGGAGGGGAGGGUGGGGCAGCACGAGUUAGCAAAUUAAAUCCUCAAACAUUGGCUGCUCCGCCUUAGUCUUGCUGUAGCAGAACACAAAGGGAGUCUGGUAUUCUGUGUUUUGCCAAAGCCCAUGCUAGAUAAUGGCACAAACUCUUCAAACCUGGCUUCAUCCACCGAGGCUCAAGGAUGGAAUGGCCAAACACGUGCAGUACGCCUCCGGAUAGCACAACUCCACGCGGCCCUUUCUGGGUGGGUCGUGUUUUUGUUUUUUGUUUUGGUUUUUUACUUUAUGUAAAUCCAUCAAGCACAUCUUUUUUCCUUCGCCUCUUGAGAGCAUGCAUCAGUUAUAGGUAUUACGGGAACGCAAGCUCCUUGAGAGCAAGAACCAGGCAGGCACUUUGAUGCUACAAAGCCGCUAGGGGAGCAGGGAUGAGUGCUUGAUGCUCCUAGACACGCCUUGAGCACAGAUGGUGCCCGAUCCACCCGCACUUGUCUUCCCCGCUUCCUCCUCCUCCCCACCCUGCCUUGUGGGCGGCCACCACCGACUCCGGCAGGUCUGUGUGGGAGGGGACACGGGUGGCCUCUGCCCCCAGGCGGGCCCGGCCACCCAGCCUGUUGCUGCCAGCACCCCAACUCGGUCCCACACCCUGCUCGGCCAUGUUGCUUUCCCUCUUCCGCGAGGCACAGGGAAUAUUAUUAGUCAGAGGACAAAAACAAGAUGGGGUGUUUGAGUUUUAGGACAGUUUACUUAAAAGGGAAAAGUCUGGAAAGUAAAGCCCAAAGAGGAAGCCAAAGAGUUGACCGCACAGCGGACCUGGCAAGCGAGGACCCUGGGAAGAGCUGGACGGGGUGAAUGAGAGAAGGCAGCCGAACCUGGAAAUACUGAUACAAGCCUUUCUUCCCGUGUGCCACUGAAGGCAGAUAAGUUUAGGAAGGGUUACACGACAUCAGAGUGACUAAAAGCACAGGUUUUAGGGCCAGAUAUGAAUUUCACUCUAGCGUGUGACAUCAGGCAAAUUAUUUAACCUCUCCAAACCUCAACUCACCUACGAUGUAAGAUGAAAAUAGACUCAGUUUGUAAGAAUUAAAUGACAACAUAAAGUGAACCCGCUCAGGGCUUACCAUAUUUAUCAGGCCUUCAGUAGAUAACCGUGGCUAUUACCAGGGGAGUGGCAAGGGGGAAGGCGACCUUCUUUCUGGGUGAGCCCCCCUCCCCCAGGCCAGCCAGGCUUACAGUGGGAACUUGGAGAAGCCAUUUCCCACAUCGCCAUGAAACAGUGCAGGGUGCCUCACAGACACAUGGCAGGGUGGCUGACAAGAUGCUAGGAAAUGACUUAGGGGAAAAGCUGGAGGACUGCCUGCCGCGAGAGGCAUCAUCCGCCCCGCUCACUCUGUGAUGUUGCAGUCCUGGGAAGACAAGCGCCAUGUCUCUGAGCAGCGCCUUCAGGGCUGUGGGCAACGACCCUGGGAUCAUCACCUGGAGAAUAGAGAAACUGGAGCUGGCACUGGUUCCCCUGAGUGCCCAUGGCAACUUCUAUGAGGGGGACUGCUACGUCAUCCUCUCGACACGGAGAGUGGGCAGCCUCCUCUCCCAGGACAUCCACUUCUGGAUUGGGAAGGACUCCUCCCAGGACGAGCAGACCUGCGCGGCCAUCUACACCACACAGCUGGAUGACUACCUGGGGGGCAGCCCCGUGCAGCACCGAGAGGUGCAGUACCACGAGUCUGACACCUUCCACGGCUACUUCAAGCAGGGCAUCAUCUACAAGAAGGGGGGCGUGGCCUCCGGGAUGAAGCAUGUGGAGACCAACACCUAUGACGUGAAGCGGCUGUUACACGUGAAGGGGAAAAGAAACAUCAGGGCCACCGAGGUGGAGAUGAUCUGGGACAGUUUUAACCAAGGCGAUGUCUUCUUGCUGGACCUUGGGAAGGUCAUCAUCCAAUGGAAUGCCCCAGAGAGCAACAGCGGAGAACGCCUGAAGGCUAUGCUUCUGGCAAAGGAUAUUCGGGACAGGGAACGAGGGGGCCGUGCUGAAAUAGGCGUGAUCGAGGGAGACAAGGAGGCAGCAAGUCCAGAGCUGAUGAAGGUCCUUCAGGACACCCUUGGCCGGCGCUCUAUUAUCAAGCCUGCCGUGCCCGAUGAGAUCAUGGACCAGCAGCAGAAAUCAAACAUCAUGUUGUAUCAUGUCUCGGACUCAGCUGGGCAGCUGGUGGUCACAGAGGUAGCGACAAGGCCCCUGGUCCAGGACUUACUGAACCAUGAUGACUGCUACAUCUUAGACCAAAGUGGAACCAAGAUCUACGUGUGGAAAGGAAGAAGAGCCACAAAGACUGAGAAACAGACGGCCAUGUCUAAAGCCCUGAACUUCAUCCAGAUGAAGGGCUACCCCCGCAGCACCAACGUGGAGACCAUCAACGACGGUGCUGAGUCGGCCAUGUUCAAGCAGCUGUUCCAGAAGUGGGCAGUGAAGGACCAGACCGUGGGCCUGGGGAAAACGUUUGGUGUCGGCAAAAUUGCUAAAGUUCUCCAGGAUAAAUUUGAUGUGACUUUACUGCACACCAAGCCGGAGGUCGCUGCCCAGGAAAGAAUGGUCGAUGAUGGCAAUGGGGAAGUUGAGAUCUGGAGGAUUGAAAACCUGGAGCUGGUCCCCGUGGAGCAUCAGUGGUACGGCUUCUUCUAUGGGGGAGACUGCUAUCUGGUUCUCUACACAUACGAGGUGAAUGGGAAGCCACGCUACAUCUUGUAUAUCUGGCAGGGCCGCCACGCCUCCAAGGAUGAGCUGGUGGCCUCAGCAUACCAGGCCACGGAGGUGGAUCAGCAGUUUGACGGGGCGCCUGUGCAGGUCCGAGUUACCAUGGGGAAGGAGCCCCGCCACUUCAUGGCCAUCUUCAAAGGGAAGCUGGUUAUCUUUGAGGGUGGGACUUCCAGAAAGGGAAAUGCUGAGCCCAAUCCCCCAGUAAGGCUCUUCCAGAUUCAAGGAAAUAACAAAUCUAACACCAAAGCGGUGGAGGUUCCAGCCUUGGCCUCCUCCCUGAACUCCAGUGAUGCCUUUCUGCUACGGAGCCAGGCAGAGCACUACCUGUGGUAUGGCAAGGGGUCUAGUGGGGAUGAGCGGGCGAUGGCUAAGGAGCUGGCCAGCCUUCUCUGCAAGGGCACCGAGGACACUGUGGCUGAGGGCCAGGAGCCAGCUGAGUUCUGGGACCUGCUGGGAGGAAAAACUGCCUAUGCCAACGACAAAAGUAGCUCAGUUCCUCUAAAUGGACUGCAUUGCAGACUACAGCAGGAAAUCCUAGAUGUGCAGCCUCGUCUCUUUGAAUGUUCCAGUAAGAUUGGGCGGUUCGUUGUCAUGGAGAUCACAGACUUCACCCAGGAUGACCUGAACCCAGGUGAUGUGAUGCUCCUAGAUACCUGGGACCAGGUGUUCUUGUGGAUUGGGGCUGAGGCCAAUGCCACAGAGAAGGAGCGCGCCCUUGCGACGGCCCAGGAGUACCUGCACACUCACCCCAGCGGCCGGGAUGCAGACACACCGAUCCUGAUCAUCAAACAGGGCUUUGAGCCUCCCAUCUUCACGGGCUGGUUCUUGGCUUGGGACCCUCAUGUUUGGAGCGCAGGGAAAUCCUAUGAGCAGUUAAAAGAAGAGCUGGGAGAUGCCACUGCUAUCACGAGAAUCACUGCUGACAUGAGGAAUGCAACCCUCUCCCUGAAUUCUGAGCCAAAAUAUUACCCUAUAGAAGUCCUGAAAAAUCAAAAUCAGGAGCUGCCUGAGGAUGUGAACCCUGCCAAAAAGGAGAAUUACCUCUCUGAACAGGAUUUUAUUUCUGUGUUUGGCAUCACAAGAGGGCAAUUUGCUGUUCUGCCUUGCUGGAAGCAGCUCCAAAUGAAGAAAGAAAAGGGGCUUUUCUAAGGCAAGAAGCUAUAUGCCUAUUGCAAGACCACAGAAGUGAGCAGAUAGUGCCAAGAACAGGAAAGAAUUUAUCUACCAAUUUUUGCCCAAUAGCUAGCUACUUAAUUUAGAUACAGUAUGGUCUGCAAAUCACAGCAUGUUCUCCAUCUUUCUCACCCCUGCAUUCCACAGUUGUUAUUAUAUACCUAAAAUGUUAAUUACCUACUUUUCGAUUUGUGUGGCCUUCCGGCUAAAGUCUCAGCAGAAAGCACCACAACUGCAUGAAUCCAGAGAAGUGAGAGGAAAAAAAACCAACGAAGUUUAAAGUGUUUAAUAAUGGGGCAAGGAUGUGGGUGCCUGGGUGGCUCAGUUGGUUAAGCGACUGCCUUCGGCUCAGGUCGUGAUCCUGGAGUCCCGGGAUCGAGUCCCGCAUCGGGCUCCCUGCUCAGCAGGGGGUCUGCUUCUCCCUCUGACCCUCUUCCCUCUCGUGCUCUCUGUCUCUCAUUCUCUCUCUCUCAAAUAAAUAAAUAAAAUCUUUAAAAAAAAAAAAAAAAAAUAAUGGGGCAAGGAUGUAAGGUUGUUUUAAAUUGUAAGCUCGGUAUUUGCAAAAUCUACUUAACCCACGAAAUCACUGAAGUUAUUUCCAUAUAUACCCCAAGGGCAAAAUCCAAAUGCCCAGAUCUGUAUGUGCCAGAGAUUUUUAACUUUUCAAAUAAAAAUAUCUGUGU